CUGGCUUAUGGCGGUGUGAGGGAUUGAACCUCGGACUUGAGAGCCUCAGUUAUGAAUGUCUCUUUUGCAUAACCAUUAUGCUAUACCCCCAUCCGCUUGACCUGUUUCUUAAGACUCCUAAACAAAAGCAGCCUCUGUCUCUGGCAAAAAAAAAAAAAAAAAAAAAGGAGGGGUUAUUUCUAUUUUUUAUUUUAUAUUUUUUAAAGGAGGGCCUAGUAUCAGAGGGAGACCUGGAACUGCUAUGAUUUCUGAUCCAUUCUGGGCGUGUCUGGACUUGGUGUCUAAUAAACCUGUGAUUGGUGACUGAACCAUUUUUUGUGGCGCCAGGGCCAGGAGGCAAAUUGAGAGGGAGGAAGUACAGCUUCAGCUCCUUGGUUCUGGGCAAAGUCAAGCUGGACAUUGGAUCUGUUUACUGGUGGGGAUGGUGCUGAGGGGGAGGCAUUUUCCUGUUUGACUCCCCAGCCUCGCCAGCCUCAGACUGACAAGAAGGCAUUGUUGACUCCGGUGAGAUCACAGAGGUGGUAGCAAGGCCCCGCCCACUUCCCAUAGCCCUGACUCACUCCUCCAUGUAACCUUGGGGGCUGGCUGCCAGGGAUCCUGGGAACUCAGGGAUGGCAUCUCCUAGGCUCCCCCAGGAACCAUCAGGACAUGAGGGCCGCAGACCUCUCCUUUCCUCCUCCUAUUCUUGGUUGCCCUAAAGAUCAGAUCUGAAAGGAUGCAGGCCCAUGGUACCUGCCAUACAAACCAGAGGCUGGGUGUGUGGGGCCUUGGGCAGGUGGCAGGCCCCUUCCUACUGGCCUCUGGCCUCCCUCUCUGGCCCUGCCCAGACCCUGCCAACCUGUGAACCCCCCAGGAGCCUUGGAGCCUCCUGAGUUCCCAGAAGAGUCUAGGGCUCUGGGAGAAGCAGCCAGCCGUAAGAGAUCCAGGAAUCUCUUCCAGAGACCCCGUCCAGGAAGAGGAGUCCCUCAUGGAGUCCCCAGACACACAGUUCCUGAAGGAGCUCCCUCUGCCUCUGCCUGAGGAGUCAGGCCCCCAGGAAGCUCCCAGCCUGCACAUCCUCUAUGUGGGCCACCUGAACCCCCAGUUCUCAGCGCCUGUGCUCACCUGCCUGCUGAGAGACACCCUGGAGCGGCUGGAGCUGCCGGUGUCUCGGGAACACAUCGAGGUGGUACGGCGGCCACGCAGGGCCUAUGCGCUGGUGCAGGUGGCCACCCACAAGGACACCCUGGCCUCCCUGCCCUCACGGCUGCACUCUGUCAUGGAGGAGCACCAGAUCCUCAAUGAGCUGGUGGCUCGAGGGAAGGAGCUGGUGUUGGGUGAGAGCCGGGGGCCUUUGGACCGCAGAGAGCAGGAGGAGGACAGCGGUCUGAGUCCCCAUGCCAGCCCCACCCCAAGUCACAGCCCCCACCAGGACCUGAACCUCCUGUCAACCAGGCAUACUUCGAUGAGAUGGAGCUCAAAGGGCUGCCCCAGGGGCACACGCUCAGACAGUGCCAUCAUGUACCAGGAGAUCCAGGGCCAAGAGCGGCUCUUCCAGGGCGCCUUCCUGGGCAGCGAGACGCGCAACGUGGAGUUCAAGCGGGGUGGUGGCGAGUACCUGGCCCUGACCUUCAAGCACCACGUACGGCGCUAUGUGUGCGCCUUCCUCAACAGCGAGGGCGGCAGCCUGUUUGUGGGUGUGGAGGACAGUGGUAUGGUGCUGGGCACCCGCUGCAGCCGCCGGGACGAAGACCGAGUGCGCCUGCUGGUGGACUCCAUCCUGCAAGGCUUCAAGCCGCAGGUCUUCCCCAACGCCUACACUCUCACCUUCAUCCCCGUGGUCAGCCUCACCAGGGCCAGCACGUCCCUCAGGGUGAUCCGCCUGAGUGUGAAUGUACCCCAGGCCCAGGCCAUGCCGUGGCUCUAUGAAACAGACCAGGGGGAGGUCUUCCUGCGGAGAGAUGGGAGCAUCCAGGGACCGCUGUCGGUUCAUGCCAUCCAGGAAUGGUGCAGGCAGAAGUGGAUGGCGGAGCUGAGCAAGCUGGAGGAGAAGGUAAAAGCACUGACGGUGGAGAAAGAGCAGCUCCAGCAGCAGUUGCAGCGGCCUGGGCCCCACUCGUGCACCUGCUGUGUCCUGUAAGGACCCGGCCAGGGCAGAGUUCCUUCAGGGGUUUCCUGUGUGAGUAGAGGUCCUCCCAAUAAAAGCCAUCUGGGCUGCUCAGA